AUGUUUGAAAUGACUCUAAUAUGGAGAUCCGGAGGCACACCGAUCGGGCUCCUUAUACACAGGGACUUCUCUGGCCGUGUUGUAAUAGCGAUGGUUGAAAGUGGAUGCACUGCAUCCAAGGUGGUCAAGGCUGGAGAUAUUCUCUUGAAGGUGAACGCCACCGAUGUAUUCGAUAGGGACGUGGCUCGCAAGUUGAUUAUGGAGAGUAUAAACUCGUCAAAACGAGUAACUCUGACACUUGAACGAUGCGUAUUUGCACCUCUGCCUCCAUUAAUUCCAAGAAGUCAAGGCGCCCCUGGUGCACCCGGGGCCCCUCCCGGAGCUUCUACACCAGCACUCGAAGCUCCUAAAGCAUCGUCCUCGGGGACUGCACUGAAAUCCUUC